UUUUAAUGUAGAAUUUAGUUUUCAUCGUUAGGUUUUAUGUGAUUCAGUUCCAGUAAAAGAAAAGAUUAAAUAUGAAUUGAAUCAGAAUUUAUUGAUUGAAGUGAUGUUUUAGAAAUUUAAUUGUAUAUGCAGAAUUAAGAAUUAUGUGUAUAAUAACUAGGAAGCAUGCAAACAAAGAGAUAGAUACUCGUGGCAAAGCUGUGAAAACGAAAAAAGAGAAUGAUACCCAGUGUGAUAUGUGUGGGAAAACAUUUGAGUCAGUAACUGCAACAAUAAGACAUAGAUUUAAGGUUCAUCCUAAUUCGCCAACAAAAUUUUUUUGUCACUACUGUGGAAUGCAGUUUCCCUUGAAAACACAUAGGGACAAUCAUCAAACAUCGCAUGAUUCAUCUGAAAGCAAAAGGACAGAGCUGCAUAAGAAGUGUGAAGACUGUGAUGUAUUGUUUUAUAAUGGAAAAGCUUUAGAUUACCAUUGCCGAUCUAUACACAAAAGAAUGGUGCACUUGUUUCAACCUAUAGCGACCCCACCGCCUAGCAAUAAGAUUAAAGUGAAUUCAAUGAACGAUGCUCUCAGUGUAUAUUACUGCCAUUUGUGUGGAGCUGAAUAUGUUAUUAAGUUU